AGUGAGGCAGGGAAGGAGGGGAGUGAAAGAGUUGCAUGACAGGAAGUAAAGCGAAGUGGAGCGAGGUGGAGUGAAGUGGAAGAUGAAAGGAAAAGAGUGGAGUGAGUGGAACUGAUGCUGGUGUUGUGAUGGCGUGGAUUUAUGCUUGGUGGAUGAAGGCAGUAGGCACGAUGUCGCACUUCCAGCUUGAAGGCACCAACAAAACGGUGUUAGACCGGUACAUGCGCCUGGAUCUCCCGGAAAAUAAGUGCCAGGCCAUGUACGUCUGGGUAGACGGCACCGGGGAGAACCUCCGAUCCAAGACUCGCACCCUGCACUUCAUCCCAAAGACUCCUGCAGAACUGCCGGAAUGGAACUUCGACGGCUCCUCCACGGGACAGGCUGAGGGAAGCAACAGCGACGUGUACCUGAGGCCCGUGGCACUGUACCGCGACCCCUUCCGCCUCGGCGAAAACAAGCUAGUGCUGUGCGAGACCUACAAGCACAACAAGAAGCCCACAGAUACUAACAACCGUCGUGAAUGCCUCGAAGUGAUGACCCGCGCCGCGGAGUCCCGCCCCUGGUUUGGCAUGGAGCAGGAAUACACGCUGCUGGACACUGACAACCACCCCUUGGGCUGGCCCAAGAACGGCUUCCCAGGACCCCAGGGACCCUAUUACUGCGGAGUUGGCGCUGGGAAAGUCUACGGGCGUGACGUGGUGGAGGCACACUACCGCGCCUGCCUGUACGCCGGCAUCAACAUUUCCGGCGAGAACGCCGAGGUGAUGCCCGCCCAGUGGGAGUUCCAGGUGGGUCCCUGCGAGGGCAUCUCCAUGGGCGACGACCUGUGGAUGGCCCGCUACCUGCUGCACCGCGUGGCCGAGGACUUCGGCAUCGUGGUCAGCCUGGACCCCAAGCCCAUUCCAGGAGACUGGAACGGCGCCGGCAUGCACACCAACUUCUCCACGGUGGAAAUGAGGCAAGCUAACGGCAUCGUGGAGAUUGAGAAGGCCAUCGAGAAGAUGUCCAAGGUCCACGAAGAGCACAUCAAGGCCUACGACCCCAAGGGAGGCAAGGACAACGAGCGCCGCCUCACUGGACACCACGAGACCUCCUCCAUCCACGACUUCUCCGCCGGCGUGGCCAACAGAGGCUGCUCCAUCAGGAUCCCCCGCGGCGUGGCAGAGGAGAAGACCGGCUACUUGGAGGACAGGAGGCCGUCGUCCAAUGCUGAUCCUUAUGUGGUGUCCGAACGGUUAGUGAGGACCAUCUGCCUGGACGAGUGCUAACCUUCAUCCCUCUCCUUUCCUGUUCGCCGUGUUAUCCAUCUCCCGCGCGGCCUCACACGGCUCCCGCCAACUACAACUAACACAUCUUCGGCGUCGCCUUAAGUGUCUGGCGGAGGACGCGGCUCCUUGAUUCAUAAUCUCUGAAUCUCCAUCUCACAACCCAAACAUUGUCUUCGUCCCUUUCUUUGUUAUCUUAUGAGUACACUACUUUUUUAUUGAUUAACUUUUGAAGCAAUGCAAUGUGUAAAUACAUACGUAAUUUUAGUAUUGUUAAGAUUGCAAAUAAAUAUGUCUUAUGUA